GGAAAUGGAGCGCAUAGCGAGCUGGCGUCACUGGCACGCGAACGAAUCAGGAAGCGGCUAGAUUGUGUUCUGAGGUCGGUGUUAGCUAGCUUUUGGCUAACGCUAACAGAAUUGAGUAAUGAUGGUCAGUUAUCUAAAAUAAAUAAAACCAGAUGUGCAGCCGUUUAGUUAUUUGUCAUAGUAUAUCUCGAACUAUUAGCUACAUAUUUGCAGAACUGAGGAAUAAUAAACAAUCCCAAGGUGUUGCUUUGGCUUACAGGUAACGUUAGUACUUAAGACUUUCCAGGUCAUACAUGAGCUCUGAUAGCAGCUAGCUGUCUAACUAGACCAUCGCAGCCGACUUGCAGCAAGAAAAAAAAGAAAGCCAGGAAUUCAGCAAAAUGUCUAAAAUAGAGCGUUUGAAUGCCCGAGUGGCAAAGCUCUUAACAGUGGCUGUACAUGAGGUAUUGGAAGUGGUGAGAGAGACGGUAUCGGAGUACCAGGAGAAAACUGCUCGAACACAAAGAGAGAACGAGAGUCUCAGGCGGAGGCUACAGGAACUGCAAGACAAGGCGACAAGAAAGAAUACAGAAAAUGAACAAUCUGCUGCCCCCUCUUUCCCUGAAGAAAGAGCUUUGAUUGAACAGGAGUGGAACCCUAACCUGAGGCAGGACAAUGAGCUCAUACUCACUGAAAAGAAACAGGAGAUCACAGAGGAACACAGAAUCAGACAGAGAGAAGAGGAGGGAAGUGGACUGGAGUCGGAUCACAUGGCAGAGUCAGAGAUUGAUUGUGAUGUACUGGUGUCAGUGCAUGGUACACUGGGACCUGAGGAUGUUUCUCCAAAGACUGAUGCCAUUCUGUCGGGGUACGCCUCUCAUCCUGUGAUAAGUAACACUGAUUUGGACUCUGUUCAUGCCGUCAGUAUUUCAGCCUCAUUGUCUCCAAACACUUCCAGCUUUGGCAUUUUACCUACUUCUGAUGACAUAAAAACAGAGCCGGAUUCGUUAGAAUACACUACUUCUCAGCACUCUUCUCAAAAUCAUUUUUAUGAAUGUGCAGACACAAGGAGUAACUUGGCACCAACUGACGCCAUCCCAGACCUUGAACAAGUUGAUACAGAUUCCUAUGGAGUUGCGUACUUUCAUUCCAACCAUAACACGUUUGUGGAUAGAUUUGCUUUAGCAAAAACUAGAUCAGUGGUAGAUAAUAGAAAACAUAAGCAAUAUUACAGGAAGGAGGAACAACAUCGCUGCGUUUUGUGCGGUAAGACAUUCAGUCGGGUGGGAAAUCUGCGUAUACAUCAGCGAUGUCACACAGGAGAAAAGCCUUACUGUUGCAUGCAAUGUGGGAGACGGUUCAGUCAUGCAGGCAAUCUGAAAAAGCACAAGAGAGUUCACACAGGAGAGCGGCCUUACUGCUGCCAUCAGUGUGGUAAGACCUUUAGUCAGUCAAGCCACCUCAAAAAGCACCAGAAAAUUCACAUCGUCAGACAUCUUAGUGUUGCAUGAAGAGUACACAUGAACUUUGGAAUUCAAGAAGACUGUGUGGCUGUGAUUUCAAAAGUUGCAAAUAUGAGAAGAGUGUCUUUCAACCAGGAAGGUUUUUUUUCAGUUGUAAGAAAUACUAAAUCAUUUUUUUUUCUGCACAUAGCUGUAUAAUAACUUAAAUACAGUAAGAAUCAAGAUAGAAAACUGCAAAUUCAUUCAUUAUUUUUCUAUGGUGGUAAUUACACAGUUAAAAUUUUGAGUGGAAAAGCUAUAUCAGAAAAUAUGACUAAAAGCUCAUACAUCUGUUCAAUGUAGCAUUCUGAAGGCAUAGUUCAAUUUUUGUCAGACAUUGUGUAGAAGAAGAAACUUUUUUCCUCAUGUUGAUAUAUUUGCAAGUGUAUUGUAGCAGUUAGGAACUAUGACUUCUUAGAGGUUACAUGUUCAAAUUGCAAGUAGGGUACUGUCAUUGUAAUCUUGAUCAUGGUAAUGAAGUAAAAUAUCCAACUGCUUAAUUCAACAAAUAUGGGGAAUAUGUAAUGCUUGUUUGUCACUCUGGAUAAUGGCAUCUGCAGAGGAAAUAAAUAUUUUUGGGUACAUGUAAUUUCCUUCCACAUGCUGCAUUCUGUAUUAAUUGAUUUGAAGUUACCUAUAUGUACAUCUGAAGGCACAUCAGAUACAUUCCUUUUAAUUUAAAUUAAUCAGCAUAUUUAACGGUACACAUGUAGUACCCCGAAAUUGAUCCACAAACCUUUAGGGGUUACAAGGACUGCUCUUUAAUCACUAUGCCACACUGCCUGAAUCAUUUAUUAUAUAAACGUUUAUUUGCAGGUUUUUUAAAUGACUGGACUGCACAUUUUUUGACUUUUUGACUUUAUUCUUAUGUAUUUUGUUGUCUUUCCAGUAAAAUAGAUGUUUCAUCAAAAAUAUCUUCAAAGACAUUUUCAUUCAUUUUUUCAUCAUGGUCAUUGAAAAAUAUUUUCUAAAACAUCUGAAUGGAAAAAACACUGAGGAUUUUAGAUUUUUUUUUUUUUUACAUUUCUUGGAUAUGAAAGCAUUUUGUAUUUUCUUUUCCUAAGUUAAAUAGAUUAUUAAUCAUAAAUGUUAAUUCUUGUAUUUCACCAUGGUUGUUGAAAAAAGAAGAGGUCUAGUCCCCCUGAAUGGAAAGAGCACAAAUGUAGGGUUUUACAGUUGUUGUUUUUUUUUGUUUUUUUGUUAUGUUUUAAAAAGAAAACUUUUGGGAUAUUACUUAGUCCCUAUAUUUCUUAUAUAUUUUCCUGUCUGCCCUGUGAAAUACAUUUUUAUUAAUAAAUAUCUUCAAACACA